CCCUCCCUCCUCUCGCUCCCUAAAGGAGUUCGCGGAGAGCCGCGCUCCCUCAUUCCCGGCCGCACCGCCGCCGCCCCCCGAGCACCCGCCGCUCCGCUCCACUCCGCUCGGCUCUGCGGGGCAGCGCCAUGGGCGCCGGCAGCUCCGCCGAGCCGUCCGCCCCGCCGCAGGAGGACGGGGCCGCCGCCGCCGCCCCCCCGGAGCCCGCCAAGGAUGCGGCUGGGAGGCGCGUCGGGGGGACUGCAGCAGGGACCCUCCCUGCACCACCAAGUUUCCCCUGCUGAGCUCCAGCUUCAGCGUCUCUCUUCUCACCCUCCCAGUCCCGCAUCGGGCCCGCCGCAGCCCCCCCGAGCAGAGCCGGGCGGGGAGGGGGCGCGGGGUCGCGGUGGGGGCGGUGGCUGCGGCGCUCCCCGGUGGCACAGCGACGGGGCGAGCGGGGAGGCGGCGGCCAACAACCAACGGGGAGGGGGAGGGAUCGGGGUCCGAGCCUGUGUUAUUUUAAAUAAAGACGUUGAAGAAUUGAAAGAAAUUCUUUUAAAACGUCUGGUGUUUAAAAAUAGAUUAUGAAUGAACCCAUUUAUCCCGCAGGAAUUGGCGUGUUGAGGGGAUUCUGGGACUGAAAGGGAGGUUAUGUGCAUCUACGUGUUUACAUAGCAUCGUGUUGGGGUUAGACGUUAGUUGUUAGGGGAGACAUAAUGCGACGUUAUGCCCGGAGUCCGCUGCGCAGCCUGAUCAGAGCUUGGGUCCUCGGAGCACUCCAAGUUUCUGUGAGCGGGCGUGUGGGUGUGUUGGAGCUUGAGAACGGGUUAUGACUUUGUUUCUUUGACCUUGUGGUUCAGAUUUAACUUUCAAGUUGAAUUUCCCAUAGUUCCUGGCUUCCACUAGACCUCCUUGUGCGUGUUUUGACAGAUCUGAAAACCACAUCGAGAAUGAACUUUAAAUUAACCGAGAUUUAUUUUAUUUUCUUUUUAACCAAAUAAGCAGUGGGGAUCGGUGUUGGUUAACAAAAUAUUUAGCGGUUGUGUUGAGCCGCUUUAGAAUUCAAAUGCUGAAAUGUAGACGGUGGUGAAUUUGGAGGGCGAGCCUCUGGUCUCAGUGAUUGCUUUAAAACAAAGAUAACCUGACUUUGAGAAGGGCUGCAAUGGUCGUAGUCGUGUUUACCCAGUCAUGGGAACUAAGGCAAGCAAAGGGGGAUGCCAUUGAUGCUGUUCUCCAAGGCAGACUAUGACUGGUCCUAAAUACUGUGGUUUAUAUCUUCUGCUCUUUAGGAAGCGUCUUUUCCAACACUUUGGUUUUGUCAUUCAAGUUGAUUAAAGGUGGGGAAAUUCUCUUUGCGUAUCACUGCUGUAAGAAGUUCUGUGACUGUGGUUUUCCUAGAACAGCUGGUUUUGUCUUCUCUUACACUGAAUCAAAGUUUUAAUGAAGUUCAGUCCCGCUUCUUUUUCAUAUCUCCCUUAUUCUGUCCUUACCGCAGUGAGAUUGUUCCAUGCAGAUUCAUGACACAGUUUUUCAUAGCUGUUCCUUUCAGCCCUCUGAACAUGAAAAUCACCAGAUCACGCCGUGCCCCUGGAGAAAUCUAUCAAAGAGCUAAUGUGUUUGCAAAAAAAAAAAAAAAAAAAAAGGCAGUGGUGUCAUUUUAAAGGAUGCUCUCCCUUCUCGUGCUUUUGAAACUGAAGCACUCAUCCCAGCUCUUCUGAAUGAGAAAUUCAGAAAACUGGCCUUUAUGCAAUCCAAUUUGAGCGAGCCUUGGCGAGUGAAUUACAGAUACAUUGUCUGGGCAACUGUUACAAUAGGCGGUAUAAAAUUUCAUGGCAGUUCUGCUUCCUCAUCACUUGAAACGCCUCAGAAUGUUUAAUCAAGUUUCUUUCAUAAUAGACCUGUUUUGCACUAGAUGAAAUCCUGUUUGCUUUUUCUCUGAGAAAGGCCUGAAUUUACAGUCUUUAGGUUGCCUUGUUAUCCCCAUGUGACUCUUUGGCCGAAUACCAGGUCUCGAGGUGUCCUGGUUACUGCAAGGGGGAGCACGUGGGCCUGUGUUUCACUUCUGCAGUCCAGGAGAUGUCAGAUGCCGUGUGAAGCAUUUGGGCUACCAUGGCAGAAAAGAUAUUUGAGAGCCUUUGGGUGCUGGUUUGCAAGCACUGCAGAUUAAACGUAAGCUGAAGGAGUUAGGAUCCCAGGUGCUUGCCCUAACUUUUCACAAAUUGCUGCUGAUUUGCACGUAAAGCAGCUCCAGAGUUUCCAACCCAGCAUUGUAGUGGGACUUGAAAUUGGUGGCUGUUUUCUUGUUGUUUUUUCUUUGUAGUAGAUCCUUGUUAUGUACAGCUGCCCUAUUGUGGGAAGCCCCUCUGCAGGGAGCAUGACAGGUAGCUGAAGGUACCAACCCAUUCACACGUCCAGACUGAAUUCAUUGGGUUUGUGCAGCAGUGCCUACAGCGCUGCUGAUAUCAGUGGGCAGGGUGUUUUCCCAUAGAAGGUUCAUCUGAUCUAGGUAUUUCCUGGCCCUUUCAGCAGAGAUACCACUUUUCACCUAUUGUUUUCUUUAUCCCUUGCCCAUCUUUCCUGCUUUGGCCUAUGCAAUGCAGCCCUGCGUCACACUGGUGCUCACCUUAGGUUUCCAUAAAACAAGCAAACUCAUCAACCCUUCAGGAAACAGUAGGAGGGUUUUUGCACUGGAAAAGUUCCCUGAUUUAUUAGUGGAUUUGUUUGCCUCAUGAUGCCCAGCUGAGACCCAGAGCCAGAAUUAGGCAAACACCUGUGGCAGAUGUCUGGGUGUGUGGGGCAGGAGAGGAAUGAAGGCCCUUCCCUCCAGUGCUUCUGAAAUGUGUCUGCUACUCUGUCCUGAGUCACACAGUGAACCAAAGCUUGGCCUGAGAAGGGCUUAAGCAGAGUUAGCUUUGAGGUGCCCACCAGCACGGGCCCUGUAUUCCCAUCUCCUCCCCAGCCUGAGGCCUGGCAACUUCCCCUGGUGGCUUCUGGCACUCGGUGAGCUCCUUCAGCAAACAGGAAGCACAGGAAGUUGCUCGGCAUCUUUGGCACCACUGUUCCCCCCACCAUUUUAGCAAGGUGUGCUGGCUGCUGGGGCAAAGGAGGCAGCAGGUGAAGGGAGCAAGCAGGCUGGACCUAGGCGGUACUGUUCUUAGUUGCAGCAAUGGCACCAUUGUAUUUAACAGGUGAGCCCAUUCCCUAUUCAUAGCGGGGAUGCUUCUCUGGUCCAGCUUCCCAUUCCUAUGCUGAGAAUCCAAAGUGAGAGUGGGAAGAUGUGCUGAUUUGUUGACCCUCAGAGAGGUGCCCUCAGGCUUGGUGGGAGGAAUGUAGCUACAGGCUGCAUGGUCAGUAUGAGGAGAGCUGUGUCAUGCUGCUGACAUCUCAGACAGAGCACGUGUGAUCCACCCUGUUUUUAUCUCAUUUAGAAAUCCAGGGUACUGAUUUUAAUACAGGUUUCUGUUUGUGGUCCUGCUGGGAAAGCAGAGGGCCGUGUUGGAGCAGCUACCUGCCUCUGCAUUGGGAAGCUUUCAAAGGUAGAAUCCAGAAAGAAAACCCUGGCAGAGCAACAAGCUGUUCUUGCAGCAAAAUAGAAGUUUGGCAAAGAUAACCUUCUGUGGGAAUUUUGAUGGCUUUAAAAUCUAGUGUGGUGAAUUCCUGGCUUGCUCCCAUGCAAGGGCCUCCGCUCAAGAGCAGCGAUCAUUCAAACUGUGCUUUCUGGAUAAUUCCCAUUUCUGAGCAGUAACUUGAUUACGCUACCUGCCUUGUAAUGAGAGCAAGUGUCUGCUAGACAGUAAAUAUUUGGAACUGUCUCUUCUAAAGAGGUUACCAGCUGAGAUGUCAGAAUGUCUUAUUGUCUGCGUGCAUGACAAAUAACAGCUGUGACAGACAUACAUCUGCUGUUCUAACAACUGUGUGCUGGUGACAGGGCAGGGCUGAGCCAGCCUGAAAAUACAAGCGAGUUGUACAUUAGUGGUAGUAAAACUUAAUCAAGUACCAGAGGAACUUCCCUAAACGGCAUCUUUAAGGGCCCUAGUUAAAAAGCAAUCGAGUUAGAAGCGUUUGGCCCAGAGGUGAGCUACAAGGCGCUCCUGGUAGGACAGAGCUGGCUUCUGUCUUGAGUGCUUCCGUCAGACCUGGAAGGAAGGUAAUGAUGUCGUAGUGUGCUGAUGUUGGAGUUCCGCCUGUGCCUGUGGGGUGGCUUAGGAGAGAGCAUAAAGGUGCUUAAUUGAAAAAAUGCACAAUGGAAAUUGGUGUCACGGAUUCUCUGAAAGCGUGAAAUAACCCCUAAUCAUACAGGAGAUAAGAAGGAGGUGGUAGAGGGGGUGUCGGGCACUUUGAAGGCUGAGGCAAUUAGCUUGCGUUUGAUGUGAUGGAGAAGCUAAAGAGAUGCAAAGAGGAGUGACAUGGUCUUUGGAAAUCGUUCUGGUUGAAAAUGCGAGCCAUGUGUUUAGUUAUGGAAGCCUGCUUUGUGCUCUGCCCUCCUAACUGUUAGGGUGCUGCCUUAGUUGUAUCCUAGGAUGGCUAUGCAGAAGGAGUGUGAGACCUAGGAAGGAGCACGUGUUGAUUCAGGCUUAGAGUAUGAACCAGAAUGAUGAUCUGGGAGAAGCACUUCCUUUACAGAGAUGAUUUGGGAAUAAAACCAUCAGUUUUAUUUUAGUCAAGAGAGUAAUUAUCCACAAGGAGAUGUCACAACUAAGUCAGACUAAGAGUUAGAGGGUGGUAAUUCUGAGGGGAUAAAAGGUAAGGAGAAGGCUCUUGACUUCAUCUGCAGGAGAUAUAAACAACAACAACAAAAAGAUACUGAGAUUAAAUAUGUGCCCUAUAGAAUAAGGGCCUUCUAUUAUCUCCAUGUGGAACUUGUCCCAUCAACUUCCAAUCCUUAGCUAAUGUGAAACAAGAUAACCUGCUGUGAACAAAGAGCUGGAACAACCUAAAUUGGGGGGUAGAUUGUUUUUGUUUUGUUUGGUGUGUGGUUUUGUUUUGUUUUUUUCCCCAAAUACUGUUGUUUGCAGAUAUUCCAGUGAAUCAUUGUGUGAAAGGAGCUGAUUUCCUCAGUUGACCAAACUACUGUAAGCUUUCUCAAAGUUUCAGAAUUAAACUUCUGGAAAAAUAUUGGAGACCUUUAUGUUAGUUUGCUCAGUUGUUCAGACAGCUGGAUCUGGCUAUUUUAGUAAUCUAACGUAGAAUCUGUGUAGCAGGAUUAACAGAAUGAGGCAAAAUUAACCCUGGUGUGUUUGGGCCUGGUAUGAGGAAUCUUUGGAAUGAUUUGGGUCUGGUACAAGGAAUGCUGGGAAUGAUGGUGAUUCCUGGUGGGGGAAGAGGCUGUGUAGUGCUAGACCAUUCAGACUAGUGAACGAAUGAGCGAAGCAUGCUCUAACACACAAUAAGCAAUCAGGGAUCUUCUGUUAAUCCACACCUCAUGUUUUGCAUUAUCUUUAUAGAUAUUUAAUGGUGUAUACGUUUAAUGCUGGGCCCAACCGCUAGACUUCCAUAUCUAAGGAAUGGAGCAGAAACCGCUGUAGGCCUUAGACGCAAGUUCACCUGUACCUGACAUUAAUGAAGACAACUUGGAGCUUGAAGUCCCUCCACAGGAGCCUCAGCAGCCAGGAGCUGUUACAGCUCCUCAGGAGCUGACUGGGCAGCAGCCAGAGGUGACUUCACCACUCCAAGAGCCCCCUGAACAGCAUGCAGAGGCCCUCAUGACAAGUGUUGAACAAACCGAACCCUCCAGUAUAACUCUGAAGGAAGACGACACCCAAACUAUGGAGACAAGUCCAUCUGACUCAAGCACUAAGGAUGGUGUAGCUGCUGAGAAGGAGGAUGCUCAUACAGAUAAGCGGUUGCCAUCUGUGGAAGAAGACGCAGAAGAUGCUGAACAUGCAUCUGAGCCACAGUCUUAUGAUCUGGGCUUUAAAAAGGUUUUUAAAUUUGUUGGAUUCAGAUUCACAGUAAAGAAGGAGAAGACAGGAAAAUCAGAACCAGUUCAACUACUUACUGUAAAAAAAGAAACACAAGUCACUGAAGGAGCUGAUGAUCAAAAAGAAGCCAGCUCAGAAGAAGCAGUGAUGCCUGAAGAUGCAUCCUCUGCAGAAGACAGCACCAAAGAUGCACUGAAAAAUGAAAAAACAGAAGAUGAAUCUCCUAAAACACCGGAAGCAAAUGAGAUUUGUUCUCAGUCAUCUGCUUCAGCCACUGAUACUGCUUCACCAUUAAGAAAAUUUUUUUCUCAGGGAUGGACUGGAUUUCGAAAAAAGAAGAGUUUUAGGAAGCCCAAAGAAGAUGAACAGCAGUCUCCUACGAAAGAAGAGCAAGAAAAAGAGGGAGCAACAUUAACGACUGAAACCAGUGAAAAAGAGAAAUCAGAGUCUGAGAAGCAAGUUGAAGAGAAGAAUGUGACAGCGGUAACUGUUGAAACACAGGAGAGGGAGCAAACUGAAGAUGAAAAGCAGGAGUCAAAGACUGAAACAACCAUAGGAUUUGAUGCGAAGGAGGAGGUAACCGAGCAUGAUGAGCAAGAUGUAGCAGCAGCAGUUGCUACAGCAAGUGCCAAGGAGGGAAAAGCUGAAGAUCAAGAAAGUAAAUUGGUGGAAGUGUCAGAAGAUCUUGAUAAAAAGGAAGAAAAAAAAGGAGAGAAAGAAAGUGAGGUGACAGAGAAACCACUAACAGCAAAGUCAGUGAUGCCUGUAAUCACCACAGGUGUGAAUGGAGAAUUGAAAGCAUCCUCAGAAGUCCUACCUGUAGGAAAAGAUCUGGAGUCAACGGAGAAAUGUGAAAUAAAUGGCAGAACUGAAAUAUCCUCUGAAGAGAAACUUGGAGCGGGACCUUUAUUAGCAACGGAAAGUUCUAUUGAAGAUUUAAAAAAAUCUGAAGGAAUAGAUGGAAGUAAACCUGUUCUACUAGAGAAAGAAACAGUUGAUGAAAAAACAGAGAUAGCAGAAUUGGAAAUUUCACCCACAACAGAAGUUGUCACUGAAAAGUUAGAGACACAAGGAGAAGCUCAGGAUGGAACCACAGAGAAGAAGGCAAGCAAAGAAGAUGAGGCAAAACUGGCUCUGGAUGCUGCUGGACCAAAGUCCUUUUCUACUUCUGAACAGUCAUUUGACACAGAGGAUGAUCAACAGUCAGUCAAACCCACUGAUGAAGGACUGCAAGGCAAAAUUCGCACUGACGGUAUCCAACCAGGCGAAAUAACCACAGAAAUAACUCUUGAGGAAGCAAGUGGAAAGAGGCCUCCAGAAGGUAUCACAAAUGAAGCUGAACUGCUCUCUUCUCAAGAAAAAACUAAGUUACAAGGCAGCCCUUUAAAGAAACUAUUUACAGGUACUGGAUUAAAAAAACUGUCUGGAAAGAAGCAUAAACGCAAAAGAGAAGAAUCUAAGUUAGGGGAGCAAGGAGAAUCAACUCAACACUUAUCAGACUCCCCAGAUAGCCCAGAAGAACAAAAGGCAGAGAGUUCUGCCUCUUCUCCUGAGGAGCUGAAUGAAAUUCCUUCUUUGGAAAAAUCUGUAGAUGGAACGCAAGUCUCAGAAAAUGAAGAUGCUGCAGUUUCCGAUGUGGAGAGAAAAAGAGAAAGUGUUACGCCCUGGGCAUCAUUUAAAAAGAUGGUGACUCCCAAGAAACGUGUAAGACGACCUUCUGAAAGUGACAAAGAAGAAGAAGUUGAUAAGACAAAGAGCGUUGCAACGUCAGUAACUGAAAGCGCAGCUGAAGAAAGUCAGGUAGAGUUGAAAGAAAAUGGAAUGGACCAGAAACCAGAGAAAGUCACAGAAGAGCCGAAAAGAAAGGUUGACACCUCUGUGUCUUGGGAAGCUUUUAUAUGCGUAGGUUCUUCAAAGAAAAGAGCCAGGAAAUCAUCGUCGUCUGAUGAAGAAUCUGAACAUAAGCUUGGUCAGGAAAGCCAAAAAAUAGAAGAAUCUGGACAGAGCAAAGAAACUGCAACGGAUGCGAUUCUUACUAGCUCUCAGGAGAGUGAUCAAGGACAAGGAAAUUCCUCUCCAGAACAAGCUGGAAGCCCAUCUGAAGGUGAAGGGAUUUCAACAUGGGAAUCAUUUAAAAGGUUAGUCACUCCAAGAAGAAAAUCCAAAACGAGAAUGGAAGAGAGAACUGAAGACUCUGUCACAGGAUCUAGCCUGGAGCAUUCAACGUCAGAUGGUGAGCCUGGAAAAGAUGAAUCAUGGGUUCCAUUUAGAAAACUUAUGCCUGGCCGUAGAAAGAAAAAGUCAGAUGGGAAGCCAGAACCAACUCAUCUCAAGCAAGCAAGAGAAGAUAUGGCAGAAACAGCUGAAGAAGAUUCAGACAUUCCAGCUGUUGUUCCUUUGUCUGAAUAUGAAGCAGCAGAGCAAGAGAAAAUUGAAGCCCAGCAAGUAAAAGAUGCUGAAGCAUUGAAAGAACAAAGCUCAGAGGAAGAAAGAGUUGGCAAAUCAGAAGACUCGCUAAGUGUUAAGCAAGCCAGUGAAGGGCUAGUACAUGCAGUUACUGUUAGUGUUGUGGAAGGGGAAAGAGCUGUUACCAGCAUUGAAGAAAGGUCACCAUCAUGGAUAUCUGCUGCUCUGACAGAGUGCAUUGAGCAGGAAGAAGAGGAAGAGAAAGAAACUGAGAAAGCACUUGAAUCAGAAGUUGUUGUAGAAGAAGCGAUGGUAGUUGCUAAGACAAUGCCAGAAAUGAGAAAGGAUGUAAGUUAUGAUACCACAGCAAGUGAGCUAGAGUUAACCUCAGAGGCAGUGACCGCUCUAGAGGAGACAGCAGAAGCUUCCUGUGCUGAAGAAACAAUGGAAGUGUCCUUUGCUGAAGAGACAACUGAAAUGGUUUCUGCUGUUUCACAGUUGAUAGAAACUCCAGAUACUACAGAGGAAGUUACACCUGUACAGGAAGUAGAGGCCACUGAACAAAAUUUGAAAGAAUUAGACAAACAGACACAAAAAGUUCUUCAUGAAGUUGCUGAAAGAGUGAAGUCUUCAGAUGUAGCACGGGUGGAUUCUGAAAGAACCGUAACAGCUACUGUAAUUUCAACCGUGCAAGAAAUUGAGUCAGAAGUGAAAGAUGAUACUAAAGAUGACAAAAUUGUAGGGCAGGGAACGAUUUUACUUGAACAGUCCUUGAAAAAAGGAGAACACCUGGAGGAUGAUGUCCAGCCCCUGGAAGGUGCAGGGAGUGUUCAGAGUGAAAAUGGAAUUGAAGAGAGGGUACACGAAGGUUCAGAGAGAAGUGAAAUAUCUGCUGCAGUGAAGGAAAGCGCAGAAGGAUAUGAAAAUGUGGAUGUAUUGAGAGAUGAAGGGCAGCGGCGGACAUGUGAAGAAGCAGUUGUGGAAGACCAUGAAGAAAUAGGUGAAGUGCAGAGGACAACAGAGGAACCUUCACCACAAGACAGUGAAGCAGUAACUCCCAGGGAAGAGCAAUUAGCAAAGCAGAAGUCUUCAGAACAAGAGAAACUUCCCCAAAGAGACUUGACAGUAGAUGAGAGGAGAGAUGACCGUAUUCCAGAAGUGCAGGCUGCAGUGCAGAACGAGAUUGAAGAUGAAACCUCUGCAUCAGGAUUUACAGGUGAAGAGCCUGCAGAACUUGAAGGAGAGGGUGGAACACUCCCCGUGGCACCAGUGUGCACAAAAGCAGCUGUUGCAGAGGUUCCUGUCAAUCCUGAGAGUCAAGAUGAAAUUCCUGAGUUAGACUCGCAAGAGCAAACUUGUAUUGAAGCAGUUCCUAGCGAGGCACCUGCACAGAGAGAGGAAGAUGAUGCUGUACUCCUUGGAGUAAAGAGCACAGAAGUCAUUGCUGCUGAGGUCCCGAUGCACAGUGAGGUAGAAGCCUCAGCUCUUACGUCAGAGACAACUGGCUCAGAAGCAGCUGAAGCUGCUGAGCAGAGUGUGAGGGAUGGGGAUGGCGGGUUGAUUACAGCAAAAGAUUCUGUCCCCAUCCUAGAGCCAGAAUGUGUAGAAAAAACAACUGAAACACUCUCCCAGAGUGAUGAAAUCAAAGGUGGUAAAAUAGAAGAUUCCAUGCUCAAAACUGAAACACACUCACUGUCUGAUAAUGCUCUCACUGAGCACCCUCCCAAGACUGAAGAAGAUGAAUCUAAUUUAGCAUCAGCAUGCCUAGAUGUCACUGAAAACGGAAGCACCAUCUGCACUGACAUAAGUCCUAAGACAAGUGAAACACAGAACAGCUUAGCUGAAGAAAGGACUGCAGAAACAAAACAAGAACUUGCAGAACUCUCGAACAGUGAAGACUUUCAGAAAGAAGAAAACAUAAACGGGCAGUUGAUGGAAACAGCCAAAGAAGAAUUUGAAUCUGGAAAACAGGAAGCUGUGAGGGAUGAUGAAUGUUGUUCAACAGCUGUCCAGCAAGAGGUUUUCUCUGUGCAAGAGGAAGGCCGUGACUCGGCCUCCCCACCAGCUGAAAGCUCAGAGGCUCUGGAAGCGCCUUUGCCUGUAGCAGCUGCAGCAGCUGAAGAGCAUGUUGUAGCAGAAGCUGCUACGCCCACAGGCACGGCAGCCAAAACUGUAGACCCCUUGGCAACCACACCAGAACAAAUGGCUUCUGAUGAGGUCCCAGCUUCUAGUCCUGACUAUUCAGGCUGUGAGACUGCAGAGCCUGGUAUUGUGGAAGCACCCCAGCCUCAGGUAACUCAUGCUUAUGUUAAUGGAAUAUCAGAGAAGCAAGAGAGUUUCCAGAGUACGGAUCAGCCUGAACAAAAUGCUGCUCCUUUAAGUGACGGUCUCACACUCCCCCACACAGAAUCUGAGGCGGAUGUUGUUCCGUCUGGGACUAUAGAGUCCCAGAGUACAAAAAUCGUAUUGAACGUCAUCCAGACUGCUGUUAACAAACUUACAGAAACAGAAGAGGCAGCUGCCUUAGAGUCAGAACAGCACACUGAGUCCAGAGGGAAAAGCCCAUCAGACACGACUUUACCUGAACUUUUGGAGAGUACACAGGUAGUAAAAGAAGAAGAGGUAUCAAGUAAAGAGCAAGAGCUCCAGCAGUCCCGACUAAACAAACAUGUUACAUUAACAGCAUCUGCAGAUAUUCAUGCAGCUGUAGAAAAAGCAAAAGACGUGCUAUUAACUUCUGAGGUGCUGGAAGAUGGACCAAGUCAGAAUUCUGACUUUGUGACUACUCCUGAAGACAUUUCAAGGGAAAGUGUGAAAGUUCAGAACUCAACGUUAGAACUAAGUACUUCAGAAGAUUCAACCAAAGACCUCCUAGACAUACACCAAGCAAAAUUGAAGGAAAAGGAGAUUGGGAAGGUUGUGGAGAUCUCAGACCAACAUAUAGGUAGGCAAACAUGUGGAGAAAGGGAGGAAGACGGUCACCCACCAGUGGAAGAUGGGAAAAUGCAAAUGUGGCAGGAUGAUGGUUGCCAAGAAGACACAGAUUGUGAUGGUCCACAAAGUCAGAACUCGUUGGCUCCUGAGGCUCUGAAUAUGUGCUAAGGAUCCAUGUGGCGUUUUGAGAGAUACCAAUGCUAGAAAACAACUGACAAUCCUGUGAGAGAACCAGGAGCUUAAUUCACUACCCUUUAUUCUUGGAUGUUAACACCUGCUCUUUUGAAGACUUCACUUUUUUUGUCAUUAAAAACCAAUGCCUUUAAUAUUGGGUAUAUCCACACGUGUCCCAUUCAAAGGUCAUUUGCCUCUGCUGAAAAUGUCCCAUUUAGACUGGAGAUGCACAUCAGAGUGAAUGGACAGACCACUAAAAUUUGUGCCAGAGUUGUUACCGUCCCCUCACUUAAUGUGUCCGUCCUGUCUGUCCCAUCUUCUUGAAUUCUUCAUUCAUCCCUAAAUCCCCUACCUCCUUUCUGCGGUCUCCCUUACUCCCACCAUCUUCCGUAGCUGCCUUGAUUUGACCAGCGAGUGGCCACAGCUGCUGCUCGACUUCUGUGCUGAAGGGAAGAGGAGAGCUGACUGAAGAUAACACAUGAGACUUACGGCUGAUAGAAGGUGCGUCUGUCAAACAGCAGGAACUGGAUCACGCACAGAUUCUUGAGCAAGGUGCUCGAGAUUGCUGCCUUUCAGUCCUAUUCAGGUAUCUCUAUCUGUCCUUCGGUUGUGUUUGUGCAGGCCUGAUUAAGUCAGAAUUUAUUUCUACAGUGUAGCUUGAAAGGAGGUUGACAGUACUCUUUUUCUAUUGUUCAAGACUUCAGGUUUUGGGACUGGACUGUAAUGUGUUGAAUAUUUAUAUGUAUGUCUUAAUCCCAGUUCUGAUUUUAAUGUAGAGCUCUGAUACUUCUGUACUGUUUAGGCGUACCCUUAAAGGAAUUUUGUAGAGUAGCCUGGAGAGGAAAUUGAUACUGGUGGAGUGGAAUUCAAUAACAUAUAGUUUCCUAUUUAUUGUUCCAGGUUUAUCCCCUUGUAAAAUCUCUCCAAAACUUGGCAGUCAUGCUUUGAAUAUUUAUAUGUAAAUCCUAAGCCCAGUUCUGAUUUUAAUGUAGAAUUAUGAUAUUUCUAAAGACAAAAGGAGAGCCCUGACCUGUUUCGGAUCCACCUACGCUGACCAAUGUCCCUUCAACUUGCAAUCCUCUCAGGUUUCUGAGAACCCUUUAGGCUUUCCCCACUGUCUUGCUCAUACAGCAGCCCCAGGUGUGCCACAACCCAAAAUCACACCCUGCUCUUUCCAGAGUCUGCUCAGACCCGAUCACAGCCCCAUCCAUCCCCAAGAUAUACCUCCACCCACAUCAUCUAAUGUCCAUACUGCAUACAAGUAUCCUCCUUUCCCAACCCAUGCCUGAACCUCUUUCCCAUCACAGCAUUUCCCAUUUCUUGAGACCCUUGCUGCUCUUACCAAUUCCCUGAGGGGGGAGUAGAAAGGAAGGUAAGGGCUUGGUAAUGAAUUCUGCCUUGGAUUGCAAGAGACUGAAGAAAAGUUUGGAGCGCUGAGUUCUAGCAACCUUCACCUAAGGUGGGUUGGACUGAGAACAGCUGCAGACUGAGGUGAGCAGGGUGAUCUAAAGACAGAAAGAAGCCUCACUGGAAUGCCUGUCCCCAACAGGAGUAGGUCCUUCCUUUUGUUGUUUACAUUAGAAUCAAACAUGGGGUACAAGUCAAUCCUUUCAGCUCUGAUUUCUAAAGUGAAGGUUACAGAUGGCACUUUGUGAAACCAAUGCCACCAAGUGAACAAUAGCUCACUAUCCUACCUGUAUAGUAAUUUAUUUUAAAACCAACUCUUAGUGUACAAAUGCUCUUGUUACAGCAGGUGCUUGCCUCUCCUCGGGGCUGCACAUACAGCAAGCAAUGUGACUGAUUGCACUGGUGUGAUUGCACCAUCUGGUGCUGCCCUGCGUGGAAGCAUCAAAAGAUUUUUCCUUACCUCAGAGCAAAUUAUAUAAAUAUUUAAAGCCGAACAAUGUGGUUUCAAACAAUCCAGUCUGUCUUUGUCCAUUGUUAGCGGCAGCUUUUCCCCCUAGCUUUGGGCAAUUCCAACAAUCUCUGUUGGUUUCCACAGGUUUAAAUUGGCUUGCAAGUUACUCGUGCUCUUAAUAACACCUCACAAGUGCAGACUUGGCUGAAUUUGUACAAAUUGUAUACCUAUGUACGUUAAGCCAUAUUGCAAUAAAUGCAGCAGGUAAAAUGAAAUAACAAUAGCAUGACCUGUGUAAUCCCAAUUCUUAUGUUUGUAGCUCCAAAGCUGUUAAUAAUAUGUAAAGUUAAUUCUUGUCUGAACCUCAUUUAAAUAAAGCUAGCUUUAUCACAAUGUAAAUUGUCUGUUGGUAGUAAUUGGACAGGCAAGUGCUUAAACUUGCUCGUUUUCUCCAUUAAUCCAGGGCCUAGGUAAGCAGUGCAACAAACAUAACUGUAAGACAAGUACAAAAGCUUCUUGUAACUGACAGCUAAAAACUAUCGCGCCUAAAGCCACGCUAAUGGUGCAGGGAGCAUGGCUCCACCUAACGAUACUACUUUGUUCCGGUGUAUUGCUUUGGCCUCUGAAACUCUCAUUUGAGACUGUGACUUCUGGCUUGUGCUUAAAAGCUUGAAGCUUUCUUAAAUCCAAUGUAUUGGGUUACCAAAUCUGAUUUUUUGUUUUUAAGGUAGAUUUUCAUUAAUUAAAUAAAAUACGACUAAAAUUUGUUCUAA